CUUUGAUGAAGUUUAACUUCUGCUGUUGUGCUAACUUGGAAGUCGACGUUUUUUAUUUAAAGAAAAACAUCGCAGAAAUAGAUAUAUUUAUCCUAGCACAUGGUUUUUGACUGAAGAGUGGGCCCCGCCAUCAUCUGCAGCAAAGCAAACGAAUAGCAGCCCGCGUAUCGCUGAACUAUCCUAGCAACUUCCAGCAUGGAUCAUUUUCAAACACCAAAUGCCAUGGAUAGGCAGUUAGAUGUCUUACACUGUCAUGCUGAUGGAGGCUUACUACUUGGAGCAUCUUGUUUGACUGGAAGGUUCUGGCUAGGCUCACUAUGGUUCUAUCAGACUCCUGAGGCAGCUCCAGAUGUAGACAGGUGUACAGCUGGGGUGCAGCUGGAGGCUGGUAUUGGAGAUGCUAAGUGGGUGGACAAUACACAUGUUCUUGUUGGGCUAGACACAGGUGGAAUAGCUGUGUGGAGCCUUGAGGACGACUACCACACAUUUGUCCUGUCCCAUGCAGCUACUGGUCAUGAUGGUAUUGUAACAAGUGUCUCUGUUGUUUGUGAUAGAACCAAGGCAGCCUCCAGCGGCCAUGACAGAUGUAUUAAAUUAUGGGAUUUAUCAAACACAACACUUUUGCAUUCAUAUCAAGCACACAGUGACCUUGUGUAUAAUGUAGAUUGUCACCCAACAGAAUCAGAUCUCUUUGUCUCAUGUUCUCAGGAUGAUAGGAUAUUGGUAUGGGACAGACGCAAGCAAAAACCAGCUAGCAUUCUUAACAAAUCCCCUCUAGAGUACACACCAACCUGUGUUAGGUGGCAGCCUGACCAUCCGAACAAGAUGGCGGUGGGAACAGAAAGUGGUCAGAUAGCAAUACUGGACACGCGGCUUGGUGUGCACAACUACCUUACCAUUACACCACACUCACGGCUUGUAUGUAACCUGCAGUUCAAUCCUGAAAACACCAGUUUAAUAGCAUCUGUCAGUGAAGACUGUAAAGCUGCUGUUUCUUCCAUUGAUGAAAAUGGCAUGAAAGAAGUCUAUAGCAACUGUACUCAUAAAGAUUUUGUGCAUGGUCUUACAUGGUCAAGCAAAUCACAGCUGUAUACUUGUGCAUGGGACUCUAAAGUUUUGUUACAUGAUAUUAGCUCAAAAGUAGCCUCUGUCAUGGGUCAGAGCACAACAUCUGCUGUCAAAAUGAAUGGUGAUAUAGGGCAUAAUUCAGGAUCUGGGGAUGCUGCUGAGGACAAAGAGAAAUUAAAGAGUGAACAGUGGAAGUCUUACAGUCAAGUGGUCAAAACAGAAAUUAGUGCUGAGGGCUAAAAUUGUCAAAUUUGGGAUUAGUAAGGAAACAUCAGCCAAUGCCUAACAUGUUCAUGGUGACUCCUAUUACAAAACUGUUACUUAGGUUCUGCUUCAAUUCAUUACUCUGACUUACUUAGCUACCUGAUGGACUUGAGUAAUUGUUAUGAUCUUUGUCACUUGCUGUUCUUGCAUCCAUUCUUGUAUAAGUUCAUUUUGCAUCUGAUAUGAUGGCAUUUAUUUACUGUACUUAAAAUGUUUCAUUCUUUUGUUAGUAAAGUUGCUGGGAUAGUUCAUUUUGUAAUCAAUUUGUGUUGCCACCUGAUUCUUUUUGUAAGGGGGGGGG